AAAAAUUCAAUCCUAUUUUAGCGAAAAGAUGAAAUCAUUGGUCAACAAAAAACUGGAAUUCUGAAUGUUGAAUUCUUUCUAAAUAAAAGCAAGUGAUAGAAGAUGAAAUUAUGGCUGAUCGUCUGCGUAGAUUCGCACAACAGGUCAAAGAUAAGGUUCAAAUUGCACAAGUGAAUGUAAAUAGCCGGGAAAAAGUAGAUCAACUGGUCUCCAAGUAUGUACCUGCCGAAAGGGUUUCUGCUAUGGCUAAUAGAUUUAAACAAGAAACAGUCGUUAACAAAGUGAAGGAAAUUGUAAAUAGAUAUGAGAAAUUCACUGGCAUCGACGAAAUUAUGGCGAUUCAGAACACGGUCGUGGAAGCACAGGAAAAAUUCAUGACAGCCCAAGAUAGACGGCGUGAACUCGGGCGUGAGCUGGCACAAAUUGAAGCGAGAUUGAAGGAACUUCAUGCUGAAAUGCAAAACACUAUGAAGGGUGAUGAGAAAUACUUACAUUUGUGCACCGAGGAACAUAAGCUAAUUAUCCAAGAGCGUGCUGCCCGCACUCUCUUCUCAGAAGCAGAAAGAGAGGAAAGAGAACUCUUUGCGACUAUGUCAGCAGCAGUUAAACUGGGACACGAACGAGAGAGGGCUCAUGCUGAAAGAAAUAAGUAUUGGUAUAUAGUUGCUUCUAUAUUUGGCACUGUACUUGGAAUUGCUGGCUCUACAAUAAACAACAGACUAAAGAUGGCAGAGUUUAAAGAUAUGAUGGAACAACAAAUGGCAAGAAGUGCAAGUGUAUUAUAUAGUAUUGCAGGGGGUGGAACAGCGAGUCGGACUGAUAUCACUGAAGCUAUGAAGACCGAGUUUGCUUAUCAGGAGCAACUGGCACAAAAUUUAACUUUAAUGCAAGAUAACAUCCACAAUCUAGUCAACAAGCAGGCUUCAUUAAUAGAUCAUCUGCAUCACCAGGAGCAUGUAUUCGAAAUUCAAAUUAGGGAAUUAAAAAAGUUAGUCCUGGCUUCCGCUCAAACAAGCGCGAAAUCUGACGCAGAACUAGCAAAAGCAUUAUCUGUGGUUCACCAAGAUUUAGACGACGACAAAGAGCGCGAAAAAUUAGUUCCAGCUACCACUCUGGAAACAAAUCAAAUUUUAACCGCAGUUGGUAUUCUUAUGUGUGUAGUUGUAAUUUUCGGUAAUAUUUUUGGCCGUGUAAGUUGAUUCAGUAGACAAAAAUGUAAACGAUUUUCUGACUUUAUAAUUGAACUGUAUUUUUAAUGUGAUGUGGUAAUCAUAUGUGUACACUUAGCAUUUAAUUUAGAAAUCUACGCUUUCAAUAUUUCAUUAAUAAAUAUUGCAUUUUGCUUAUGCAGGUAUUCUUUAACUAAUUAAACUAAGUAAUAGUAACUUCUUAAAAGUAUUAGACUUUUUUGCCCAACAAAUUUUUCAUGGGUGAAUACAGUACUUUUAAUCAACUUGGUAACAACAAAACAGUUGAUAAAUAACGAAAACACCAACCAACUUCAGGGUUUUCACUUUUUCGACAAAAGCGCAUCGCGUUUUAUGAUGAUAUUGAUUCGAAUUUCCUAGAUAGUAACAUUAUUCAUCAAAGCUUGUUAGUAAAAGUAAAUAGAUCCAUGAUCUUAUUUACUUUUACUAUAAAUUUAAGUAAAUAAGAUCAGGGAUCUUAUUUACUUAUUUCAUAUCUGAUAAGAUCUUAUAUGAUUUAUUAUACAUGGUUGAUUCUAAAAUUUCACUACACAGCUAACAAUUUUAUAUUUUUAUGUACAUACUUAUAAAAGGGUUAUUUUUGUACUAAUAUGUAAGGAUACCUAUGGCUUGUUUUGUU